GGCUUCCGGCACGGCUCCAUCACGCUUGUAACGGCCGAAUCAUGGACCGUAACCCGUCGCCUCCUUCGCCGGCGAAUGGGGACGAGGGCGAGGAGGAGGUGGUGGGGGGAGACUGCAUAGGGAGCACGGUGUACAGCAAGCACUGGCUCUUCGGCGUCCUCAGCGGGCUUAUCCAGGUUGUUAGCCCUGAAAACAACACAUCCAUCUCAGAUGAUGAGGAGCAGCAGCAGAUGGAGCUGGAUGAAGAAAUGGAGAAUGAAAUUUGCAGAGUGUGGGAUAUGUCAAUGGAUGAGGAUGUGGCUUUAUUUCUCCAAGAAUUUAAUGCUCCUGACAUAUUUUUGGGAGUAUUGGCCAAAUCCAGAUGUCCUCGAUUAAGAGAAAUCUGUGUGGGAAUAUUAGGUAAUAUGGCCUGUUUCCAGGAUUUAUGUAUGUCCAUCAGCACUGAUAAAAAUCUUGGCCAGGUAUUACUGCACUGUUUGUAUGACUCAGACCCUCCUACUCUGCUGGAGACAAGCAGGUUGUUGCUUACGUGCCUGUCCCAGACAGAAGUGGCCAAUAUCUGGGUUGAAAGAAUCCGGGACCACCCAGCUAUUUAUGAUAGCAUUUGCUUCAUCAUGUCAAGCUCAACAAAUGUUGACUUGCUGGUGAAGGUGGGUGAAGUUGUGGACAAACUCUUUGAUUUGGAUGAGAAGCUAAUGUUGGAAUGGAUUAGAAAUGGGGCUGUUCAGCCUCCGGACCAACCCCAGGAAGAUUCUGAAGAGCAGCAAGUGUUUAGAAUUGUGCCCUGUGUACUUGAAGCUGCCAAACAAGUACGUUCUGAAAAUCUGGAAGGACUCGAUGUUUACAUGCAUAUCUUACAGCUACUUACCACAGUGGAUGAUGGAAUUCAAGCAAUUGUGCAGUGUCCCAGUACUGGAAAAGACACUUGGAAUUUACUUUUUGACUUGGUCUGCCAUGAAUUCUGCCAGUCUGACGAUCCACCCAUCAUACUUCAAGAGCAGAAGACAGUGCUCGCCUCCGUGUUUUCAGUAUUGUCUGCCAUCUAUGCUCUGCAGGUUGAACUGGAGUAUCUAAAGAUAGAAAGUGAUCUUCCUUUGAUUGACAGCCUGAUUCGUGUCUUACAAAAUAUGGAGCAUUGUCAGAAGAAACCAGAAAACUCAGCAGAAUCUAACACAGAAGAAACAAAAAAGUCUGAUUUAAGCCAAGAUGAUUUUCACUUGAAAAUCUUAAAGGAUAUUUCAUGUGAAUUUCUUUCUAAUAUUUUCCAGGUAUUAACAAAGGAGACUGUGGCUAAGGGACUAAAGGAGGGCCAGUUGAGCAAGCAGAAGUGUACCUGUGCAUUUCAAAACCUUCUUCCUUUCUACAGCCCUGUGGUGGAAGACUUUCUCAAAAUCCUGCAUGAAGUUGAUAAGACCCUUGCUGGUGACCUAGAAGAAAGCUUCCCAAGUUUAAAGGUUCAGACUUAAAAACUGAAUUGUAAUUUCUUCUUCCCAAGAAAUAAACUUUUUUUUUACUGACAGUUGAAGUUGACAUAUAGGAAAUAUUAGGUAAAGCUUAUGUAAGACCAUAAUUGUCUGGUAUUACACUCAUGUCCUUCUCACUCCCCCAGUUUUAUCUCACUUUUAGAAGAAUUAAACCAUAAGAUUUAAGUCUUACUGUUUAAACUGUAAUUGGUAGGUUUACUUUACGUGUAAUUGUAUGUCUUCAGAUCUUACCCAUAAGCUCUAUGUGACUGUCUUCAACAGGAAGUUCCAAAGGCACAGGUGAAAUCACUGCUGCCUGCUAGUGGUGCUAAACUAUUAGCUCUUGAAGUUUAAGGUUAAGGUGCAAAUAACCUUAUAAGUAAUACUCCAAGUUAUUAGUCAUGUUUACCUCAGUGCAUAUUAAUUUCACAUUUUGUUUUCCUGAGAGCACCUUUUUUAUUUAAAAUACUUUUUAUUGUUGUUCAAUUAGAGUAGUCCCCAUUUUCCCCCACUGCUCUCCCCUGCCCUGCCCCACCCUCCUCCCACAUACAAUCUCCAACUCCCCUGUCGCCAUUGUCCUUGUCCAUGGGUCUUAUUCUGUUCCUUGACUUGACCCUUCUUCUUUCCUCCAUUAUCCCUCUUCCCCCUCCCCUCUGGUCACUGUCAGUUUGUUCUUUAUUUCCAUGUCUCUGGCUCCAAGAAUACCUUUUUUAAAAGACCUUGGGUUUCUGAGGGAAAAAGUGCCAUUCAAAAUGGGUAAGUUACAGGCAAAAAGGAUGCUUUAUGGGAAGGCUAGGAAUGUCAAGUUAUUUUUAGCUUCCCUUUUCUGCCUUGAAACUGCCCUAUUUACUUGUUAUUUCUUGUUACUGUAACAUUAUGAGAUGCUACAUAAUUUCAUAAUGCUUUGAUAAUGUUUGAAAACUUCCUAAGUUAUAAAUGAUAAUAAAUUGUUUUAAAAAAAA